AUGUCGUUCUCGAGUGAUAUGGCCACCGUUAUGGAUGAAAACGACGUGUUAAGAGCAAUAGAAUACGGCAAGAAAAUGCAGCUGGCGCUGCCGCCGCCACAUCCAUCACAAUCAGAAAGUGAAAACAUUACGCUAACCCAAAGGAUGAUAAGUGCAUGCUCCGGAUCGUUUAUAACGUCCCUUGUGGUAACCCCCUUUGAUGUGGUCCGUAUAAGGAUGCAACAACAGGAGAUACUUCCAUCAAACUGCUGCGAUGGACCCCAAGAAUCCGCUUUGAAGGCUCCAGCGGGAAAUAGCGGUAAAUCAAGGCUAACCCCAUUGACGAUGAGUGCUCAACAAACAGAACCUUUUUGGAUCUCCCAGCAUUACUGUAAGUCAGAGAACUGUACCAAGAUCAAUUCCACAUUCUCCGGGUUUGUUACCAUCUCGAAAAACGAGGGUGUGCCUACUCUCUGGAGAGGGUUGUCUUUGACACUUUUAAUGGCAAUACCGGCUAAUAUAAUCUACUUCACAGGAUACGAGUAUAUCAGGGAUCAUUCCCCCAUUUCAGAUCAUGUAUUAAAUCCAUUACUUUGUGGGUCAGUAGCUCGUACCAUGGCUGCAACGUUCAUAGCUCCAGUUGAGCUCAUCAAAACCAGACUCCAGUCCAUUCCAGCAGAAGCUAGGCAGAGUGUAGCUGGGGGCUCUCUGAGUGCCACCGCAGCUCCCAAGAUGCUCUCGCAUUUGCUUAGGGACCUGUUUGCGCUAGUAAACCAACGAGGUAUAGGUACUUUGUUCACCGGACUUCAAAUUACGCUCUGGAGAGAUGUUCCCUUUUCUGGGAUAUAUUGGUCUUCUUAUGAGCUUUUCAAAGAUAGAAUUGGAAAGCUACUUAGCGCAGACUUUAAUCUGUCGCAGGAUGACGAUCUCAGAGUCUUUGCAACGUCUUUUCUCUCCGGAUCUAUAUCUGGAACGAUAGCUGCGCUUUGUACUAAUCCGUUCGAUGUUGGAAAGACAAGGCUACAAAUAACCACCUCAGCAAAUGAAAAGAGGCCCACAAUGUUCAAGUUUUUGAUGCUGAUAUACCAGAGAGAAGGGAUGGGGGCACUUUAUAGUGGAAUAUGGCCAAGAAUUAUGAAAAUAGCACCAUCUUGUGCCAUCAUGAUUUCAAGUUAUGAGAUAGGGAAAAAGUUCUUUAAGAAGGAGAACACCAAAUAUUAA